UCGUAUCUGCAGGCUACAAAAAUAUGCCAACGAAACAUGUGCCAGAAAUUAGAAUACUGGAAUACAAUGCCUGCCAAAAACGUAAUCUCGAAAUGGCUGCGGGCGAAACAAGGGAAACAUAAACACUCACCAUGGCGCUAGCGAGCAAGUGACUAUCGGAAAAAUAUGAACGCGACGGAUCCGGAUGUACUAGUGGCAAGAGGCCAACUGGACGUGCUGUACCGCGGCGCGGAGUACACGCUGGAGGGGGACCGCAGCGCCUACAACGGCGCGCUCGAGUUCAACGUCACCUUCGACAACGGCACCGGCUACAACAUCUCCGCCGACUCCGAAGAGCCCUGGAACGACUACAUCAAGCUCCUUCAAGACAGAGCUCUGCUUGUCGCCUUCCUGUUGCUGUUCUCGCUCACUACGGUGUUCGGCAACAUGCUGGUGAUCCUGGCCGUGGUGCGCGAGCGUUACCUGCAUACGUCCACGAACUACUUCGUGACAUCACUAGCAGUCGCAGAUUGCUUGGUCGGUCUAGUGGUGAUGCCUUUUUCGGCAUUGUAUGAAGUUUUAGAACACACGUGGUUUUUCGGUGUGGACUGGUGUGAUGUGUGGCGGUCUCUAGACGUGUUGUUCAGUACGGCCUCAAUAUUGAACCUGUGUGUGAUCUCUUUAGACCGGUAUUGGGCCAUAACGGACCCCAUUACAUAUCCAAUGCGUAUGAGUGGACGGAAGGCCGCGUUCCUAAUCGCGGCAGUGUGGGUGUGUUCAGGUGCGAUAUCGUUCCCCGCGAUCGCGUGGUGGCGUGCAGUGCGUGUAGAAGAAGUGCCAGAUUACAAAUGUCCAUUCACGGAAAACUUAGAGUACAUCAUAUUUUCAUCAACAAUAUCGUUUUAUUUGCCUCUGUUUGUGAUGGUGUUCACUUAUUAUCGUAUAUAUCGCGCGGCAACUAUACAGACGCGGUCGCUUAAAAUCGGUACUAAGCAAGUGAUGAGACCUAGUGGUGAGUUAGAGUUGACGUUGAGGAUUCAUAGAGGAGGCACAGUGCGGCAGCGGAGCGACGCUUGCCACGGCGUGUGUACUCCGGAGGAGGCGGACCAGGAGCCGCUGACCGCACUGCAGAACAACGGUCUAUCUCGAUCCUCGACGCGACUGACAAACGUCACGCACGGGAAACAUUUGCCGAAAAACUUUUCACUGUCCCGUAAACUCGCGAAGUUCGCCAAAGAAAAAAAGGCAGCAAAAACUCUAGGUAUAGUGAUGGGUGUGUUCAUUGUGUGUUGGUUGCCGUUCUUCGUGGUGAACCUGCUGUCGGGGAUCUGCUCGGCGUGCAUAGCGCACGAGGAGAUCGUGAACGUGGUGGUCACGUGGCUCGGCUGGGUUAACUCUUCCAUGAACCCGGUCAUCUACGCGUGUUGGAGCAGAGAUUUUAGGAGGGCUUUUCUUAGAAUAUUGUGCGUGUGCUGCCCGAGGAAGCUGCGUCGGAAGUAUCAGCCGCAGCUACGCUUCAAACAGUCCCAAUACCCGGUGACGACGAUGAUGUACUCGUCGGUGUCGCAGCACGAGAUGUGUCGCUUGUGA